AUGGCAAGGUCGCCUGAAAAGAUAGAUGUACAUGCCCACUUUCUGCCAUCUGUCUAUCGUGAGCAAUGCCUGGCAAAUGGAUAUAGUUCCCCUGAUGGGUACCCCAACUUGCCGGAAUGGGAUCUAGAUGCACAUCUGAAAAUGGCAGAUGAAAUGAAUAUCACGAAGUCAUACCUAUCGAUUUCAUCUCCGGGAGUACAUCUGGUUCGUGGUAAUGAUCAGCUUACCCGAGAUCUCUGCCGAGACUGCAACAUCGCCGGUGCGGAUAUCAAGAAGCGGUACCCCGAGCGGUUCGGCUUUUUUGCGUCCCUUCCAUUGCCGGACGUUGGCGACAGCCUCAAGGAGUUAUCUUAUGUCUUUGACACAUUGAAUGCCGAUGGCAUUGUUGUCGAAACAAAUUUUCACGGUUACUAUCUUGGACAUCGAAGUUUCGAGCCUAUCUGGGCUGAACUGAAUCGCCGAAGCGCCAUUGUUUUCAUACACCCAACGACCGGCUGCAUCCUGAAAAAAGAUGCCAGUUCUGGCGAAGUUUGUCACAAGAUUGACCCUCUGUCGGAGUUUCCGAAUCCCAUUUUCGAGUUUCUUUUUGAUACUACGAGAGCAGUUAUCAACUUAUUCUACUCAGGCAUGAUCGCUCGCUAUCCAAACAUAACUUAUAUCGUCUCUCAUGCCGGUGCGUGCUUACCGCCGCUGAUAGAAAGGUUCUCGCUCUUUGGCCGCAGGAUGCCGAAUGUGCCUGUUGAUGAAUCAGUCACAUCGGCUUUCGUGAGAGAAAGACUGCGGAAACAAUUUUACUUCGACAUGGCCGGCGUUCCGUGGCCCGAUCAAUUACCCGCUCUGCUCCCUCUUAUCGGCAAAGAUCAGGUACUCUACGGGAGCGACUACCCCUUCACGAAGUCUGAGUCUGUUAAGAGCCUAGGAGAUAUGAUGGAACACUUCAUGCCUACUGUGUUCACGACUGAGGAGGAACGAGAGAUGGCAUACAAAAGGAACGCAGAAAAGCUUUUUGGUACUCAAUCUAGUGGUAAAUGA